AUGUUUGGCUGGGGCGCUGGGCUGGCUUUGCCCUCUGCCACCUCAGAGCCGGAGAAGGAGCGAAGACCCCCCGCCGACCCGACACCACUCGAUUUCCCCGUAUACAACCUUCCCAAUGUCGUCCCCAAUGAAUCUGACUCGAGGCUCGAGGAGAUGUCCGAUCUCCUCGCCGACAUCAAACGCCCGCAGGACAUUUCCAUGGAACGCUUCAGACCCUUGAACCUACAAAUGGAGACAGACGUGUCAGUCGACCAGAUGAUCCCCGAGGACAAUACACACCCUCUUGCCCCCUUGCCAUGGGAAGAUACCACCGAGCCAACAGAAGACAACCCCCGGCCCGUGAUGGGCAACGGAGCCCCGUAUCCCCCGAAGGAACGAUAUGAGACCCUACGAAACGAGUUGUCCCUGGAUAACGACGAUACCUUCCGCGAGGUGGCUCGCUUGCCGCCGCGUGAGGGCCGCAGUCGCGUUCGUGUGACCCAGUCGAGGAAGUUCUGGACCGGAUUGGAGCACAUGGCUCAAUACUGGGACACGAGCUUAGACCACUACUUCGAGCGCCCGGCGACCCCCGAACCAACCCCAUCAUCUGAGGAAGUGGCAGAUAAUAGCAUUCAAGGGGACGAGUCCAAGACAGAAGACGGUCCAGCAGAAGACGCAAUGGAUCUGGACGAGGCACAAAUAGCCGCACCGAGCAACGGCCCGAGUGAAGAGCCGCAACCCGCGGUGGCAAUGUACACGGGACGUCGAAUCGGCAGCGGCAGCGAGAUGCCCGAUGAAACUCGCGAUGAGACCAUUCGGGCGUUUGUGGAGAUGGCCGCAUGGCCAUUCGGAUGUCAAGUGACAGUACCCACGCUGCCACCCCGAUUGACCACCAAUAACCUCCUCUUCCCCGUACGGCAAACAUUCCAAUCAUCACGAUCCCCGCGAGACCGCCAGCUCGCUCGGAGCGGCAUGCUCGAAGGCCCCGUUCUUAUCUCGCAGUGUCGACCAGAGACGUCUUUCCGGAACAGUGAGGACACACCAGGCACCGGCCUCGGUGAGGUGUGCGAUUUGUUCCGCGAGGUCGGCGGUAUGCUUCUGGCCGCGCAAGAGCGAGCCCGCGAAGGCGCCAUCGAGAGACAGCCUGGCGAGGGGAAAUGGUGGACCACAGCGCCUCGCUUUGGAGGUGCGCCUAAUGAUGGUAUUCUGGAAGACCUCAUCAAUAAUGGACACGGCAUGUCUCUUCCGGACUCGAUGAUGGAAGAAGGCAAGCCCGCUCCGGAGCCCAAGCGUCGCCAGUACGAGCAUCCGUUUGUUACCUCGCUCUCGCGGAGGCCGAGCGCCAUGCGCAGACUGACCAGUACUGAAAAGUGGAAGAUCUUACAGCCCGGACCUAGUUUGUGGGAUAAACGCAUGAAUUAUAUGCAUAUAGGCAAGAUCCAAGAUAGUCCCUUUGAUGAUAUUUACAUGAUCUCCUCGAUCAACCACCAUAUUUCAAUCCUCCACCUCCGCGUUCACAGACGCUACCUCGACAUCCUAACAGACGGUCACAGUGACUAUCCGCCCGCUGCAGACGACCAGCCCUGGCAUGUCCUCAAGCUGCAGCGGACGAGGUGGUUAGACCUUUUUGAUGCGAACGACCGCGUUGAAGCCCUGCAGGGCGUGUGGCGGCUGUUCCAUCACCAGCUUAGACAGACCCGCCGUGAAGGCGAUGUUCCUGUCCCCAUGGAACAUCUCAUAGACCACCUUCCCAUAGGGCACCUCCCUUCAGAGCAUCUUCCAUUGGGGACGACAUAUUGA